CGAGCUCGCUCGCCCGCUCCUGCUGCUGCUGCGCAAGAAGACGAGGGCGAGAAGGAGGAGGAGGAGGAGGAGGAGCAGCAGGAGAGACGACGACGACGACGAAGGGACAACGAGCGAGGAGGAGACAGUGAUUGGCUGAUUGAAUGAAUGAAAUGAAUUGAUUGAAUGAGAGAAGUGCGACGAGAUGCCAUGCUCUCUCCGGCCAGCUAACCAACAUUAGCAGCGACGCAGGCGGAGCUCCGGGUGAUGCAAAAGCGAAUGCUUUGGAACGCAAGGCAGAGCGGAGCAAGCAGAUAGACAAGCCCUCGCUUAGCUCUUUCCUUCUUUCUUUCUUUCUUUCUUUCGUCCGUCCGUCUCUCCCUCCCUCUCGUCUCUUCCAUCAUCUUAUUCUUCUUCUUUUUCUUCGUUGUCUCGUCCGCCCGCGAGCGACGCAGCGCGUGCGUUGGGGCAUUUGCCUGCCAGCUCAAACAAGAUUGGGCGAGUGCUGCUAGUGCUGCGGCUUGCUUGUUGGCUUGCUCGCCAACCUCUUCCUUCCUCCCGAGUCCCUCUUUACUCUUCUUCUCCACUCCUCUCUUUGCAUCGAGGGCAGGGCAGGGCAUUGCAAGCAGGCAGGAACCGUAGAGCAGGAAGAGUAUGAUCGUCUCCCUUGGGCGGUAUCAGGAUCGCCGGCAUUGAUUUGCUUUGCUCUUUCUCCAUCUCCUAUAGUACGUGGGGCGCACAGCACCUCCGUUUUUCCUCGAUUGUCUCAGGGGAGGCAAAUUGCAGAGGUCAGUCGUCAGGUAGGCGCGGCGUGAAGAGUCGGGGGCAUAAGGAAGAUAGAUCUGGGAGUAGAUCGGGAGACUUGUCGCGAGUGUGUUAGGGAAUUUUCGAAGGGGAGCCGGGACUUCUUACUGUCGAGAAGAGGACGACGGGGUAGAAAGAGUCAAUAGGCCCGGUGUGAGGAGAACGACGAGGAGGGAGGAGGAGCUUUGAGUCAGGACAGAGGCCGGAGAGACGCAGCGACGAGGCGGAGGUGGUGAACAGAGACGCCGUAGAAGGAACGCGGAGGAGCGAGACUGUUGCCUUGUGUAGUUCUCAGGAAGCGGACGGCAUUUUGAUUUCUUGACGAUUGGAAACAUAUUUCAUGAGUUGGAAAUUUCCCCGCACUUGGGAUCUGUUGCUCUUCCUGGUCGCCUCACGGCGAAUGGCGCUACAAGCGCAAAUUUUCUGAGAUUUUUCCAACAACAGAUAGUCUGAUCAGGAGGAUUCACCACGAAUUUGUAGCACAAUUUGAGUGAAACGACAACAAUGUACAUCUACAUUCUUUAAAGGAUAGAACUCUCUGCGAAUGCUCGACGUCCUCUAAGAAGGAGACUUCAGGGGCGAGCUUAGGCAGUUAGGAUCAUGGCGGCCGAUCCGCUGACCGUCGGACAGGUGGCAUUUUUUCUUGGGAUAGUGCCAGUAAUAACAGCAUGGAUCUACUCUGAAUUUCUUAAUUUCAGAAGGCAUCCUGGCCCUCCUAAAGUAGAUUCAGAGAUGGGGGUUCUAGUUGGCUCUGGUCAAGAUUCAUUACCAAAGUUAUUUACUGGUGAAAGUAGUGGGCACUCAGACAUCAAUAUUGUUGACACUUCAUCCAAGAAUGAAGAAAGAGACGGUCUGCUGGAGGCGGGCAUGCAGCCUGCUGGGAAAGGGGCUGUCCCUUCAGUUAAAACACAAGUUCUCAAAUUCUUAACAAUGAACGAGACUUUCCUGCUGGAGAAUCGUGGGACUCUAAGAAAUAUUGGAGAAAUGACCGCUAUUCUUUUUUAUUUCUUCCUCUGUGAUAGAACCAACGUUCUUGGGGAAUCCAAGAAGGACUACAGUCGAGACCUGUUUAUGUUCUUGUAUUUGCUGCUAAUUAUAGCUUCUACGCUCACCUCUCUUAAGAAGCAUGCGGCAGAUAAGCCGCUGGCGGCAGGCAAGUCCAUCCUCUAUCUAAACAGACAUCAGACUGAAGAAUGGAAAGGGUGGAUGCAGGUGCUUUUUCUGAUGUAUCAUUACUUUGAGGCUCGUGAGAUUUACAAUGCCAUACGUGUUUUUAUUGCGGCUUAUGUGUGGAUGACUGGCUUUGGUAACUUCUCAUAUUAUUACGUGCGUAAAGACUUCAGUCUUGGCCGUUUUGCCCAGAUGAUGUGGCGUCUCAAUUUUCUGGUGUUUUUCGCCUGCUUGUUGCUCAACAACGACUACAUGCUAUAUUACAUUUGCCCCAUGCACACGUUCUUUACGCUUAUGGUGUACGGGGCUCUCGGAAUCGCCCAUAAGCACAACGAGAAUCCUUCGGUCAUGGCAUUGAAAAUGUUUCUAUCAUUCCUCGUCAUUGUCCUCGUUUGGGAAAUUCCUGGUGUUUUUGAGAUCCUGUGGAGACCCUUCACGUUUCUGAUGGGUUACUCGGAUCCACUUCGCCCGACGACGGAUCUGCUCCAUGAGUGGCACUUCAGAUCAGGUCUUGAUCGAUAUGUUUGGAUCGUCGGGAUGUUGUAUGCCUACUUCCACCCCACGGUUGAGAAGUGGCUAGAGAAACUUGAGGAGAUGGAAUACAAAGGCAGAAUCGCCGCGAAAACAUGCAUCCUAACCGUCACUUUGGUUGUUGGAUAUCUGUGGUAUGAGCAUGUUUAUUGCCUGGGAAAGACGGAAUAUAACAGACUGCAUCCUUACACGUCUUGGAUUCCAAUCACUGUGUACAUAGUACUCCGAAACUUCUCCCAGUCUCUCCGAAACUGGUCCCUCACUCUCUUCGCAUGGCUUGGAAAAAUUACGCUGGAAACGUACAUAGCCCAGUUUCACGUCUGGUUGAGGACUGGCGUGCCAAAUGGAGCUCCGAAGUUGCUUCUAUCCAUUAUCCCUAACUACCCCUUACUCAACUUCAUGUUGACAACAGCCAUUUACGUGUUGGUAUCGUACCGUCUUUUCGAACUAACGAAUAAAUUGAAAUCGGUGUUUAUACCUGCCAAAGAUAAUAAGCGACUCGGCCAUAUAUCAUUGGCAGGGCUAGUCAUAUUCUUAACCCUCUAUGGCAUUGGAUAUCUUCUGGUCAUGGUGCCAAGAUUUCUGGUACGUCCCUCCUAUUUACUCAUCAUGAAAAGAAUUUGGAAAUAUCAUGGAAAUUUCCAGAGUUACUCGUGGAUUGUGGAUUGAAUUUACAUAGUCACUCGGUUUGAUCCUGACCUCGUGACCACUCGCAUGCAGGGUCUUCAAUAGGCCGGGAGUUUGCAGGAAGAUGAAAUACAAGAUGAAGCUGAAAACAAAUGGGAUGCAGCUUUUCAGACAUCUUACAUUUGACGAUUUAGGACCCCAUUAUAGGCAUCCUCUUAGAUUUCCACCCAUAGUUGAGCAAGUAAUUCACGAAGGAUCACGUUUGUCCCGUAGAGUGUCUCUCAAUUUUUUAUGUCCACAAUAAAAGGGCAGAAAAUUCCAUUCACGAAGGUUUCGGUGUUCUGCGUCACCCUUUGUCGUUCAUGUUGUCCCUUUGCGUAAUGAUGUCCUAUUUUGAGUUGUUACUAACAUUCGAACACAAAAGUAAUAUAGAAAUGUUCACUGGAGAAUCCUGCACGUAAUGAUCUGCACGUCUUUUCCAGGAUUGUCUCGCUCCACGUUCCUUCUUCCCCAUGGAGCUGUUAAGAGCGUUCGUCGUCGAUAGUAACGACGCUGUUUUCCACAUAGGCACAAACAAGUUUGUGUCUCUGCAGUGAACGCGCACAAGGGACCUAGCUCUGACUGUGGAAAGGGAGAGUUAGAGACAAGGUCCUUUCACAUAUGGUCAAACAUUCACUAGUACCGCUUCCAAACGUAAUACAUUAAGAUUAACGUGUUUAGCUCGGAGACUACACACUUUCUAGUAAACUCGAGCGUGAGAAUCGAAGGUUCUUUCUCCAGCAGGAAACAUGUUUUCUUUUAGCAUGAAGCAGAGCUUACUACCAGAAGAGAAUCGUCAUGGAAGCCAACAGAUGGCAAUGAGAAAAGCUGCCAUAAUGGUCGAAGAAGGAGCAACGCACC